AUGUUUAAAGCUGAUAUUAAAGAACUAUCAUCGAAUGCUUAUCAAAUCUACACCGAUGCUUCCAAAAGUACUAAAGGAACAGCAUGUGCAAUUUUCGAUCCUCAAACAAUUAAAAUCCCACCGUUCUGGCCAAACGAUCCUGAAAUAGGGUUCCUGCAAAUAGAAAACCAAUUUACACUGGUAAACAUAACAAGUGACGCAACAAAAUUUAACUACAUAGUUGCUAAUCUGGAAACACCUUACAUAUCAGAAGUUAGGGACAUCAUUGUGUCACCACAAGCUACAGAGAGGUACGUAAAAUUAAAGUCAGAGUUAAUUAAGAGACUUAGUGCAUCUCAACAACAAAAAAUUAAAAGACUACUUGAGCAUGAAGAACUUGGCGAUCGAAGACCUUUCCAAUUCUUACGACAUUUACAGUCUUUAACAGGCACAACAGUACCAGAUAAUAUUGUUAUAUCUCUGUGGUUAGGUAGACUACCAUCAUCUACACAGCCUAUUCUAGCUACUCAAGCUAAAGCUAGUUUGGACGCAGUUGCCGAGCUAGCUGACACAAUCUCUGAAGCUAUAGCUCCUAGCGCCCAAAUAUCAGAAGCUUCCAACGCGCGUGAGAGUGCCAUCGAUAAAUUGACAGCCGAAUUAGCUGAAAUAAAAAUUCAGCUAACUAGCUUGUCGCAGGCUCAAGCACAAACUAACACAUACCGUCGUAACCGCAGCAACUCAAGGGGCAGACGAUAUCCUAGAGACAGAGGCUACAGUAGGGAACAUAAUAGUGACAUAUUAUGUUGGUAUCACUACCAAGCAUCAGGGAAACAUCGCGGGCAGUCGAUGCCUACAAAAUAUCAACACAGAUAA